AUGUUGUCGAGAGGUUUGCUUAGGACACAGGCUCGCCAGUUCUCUUACACGGCGUCCAUGAUGCAGAAAGCCCUUCUCGAGGACGCUUCGACCGUGAAGCCAAAUGAGAUUGUCUCUGGUGCUCCAGAAGAAUUGGCUACUGCUAGAACUGUCAGAAUCUACAAAGAGGCCAAGCCAGCUACUCAGUCUGGUCGUCACAACGGCAAGUUCUGGAAGUUGGACUGGGACGUUUUGGGCAAGGAGAACAGAUGGGAAAACGACUUGAUCGGUUACCAGUCAAGUGGAGACUACAUGCAAGGCACCAUCAUGAAGUUUGACACCAAGGAGGCUGCUAUCAGAUUUGCUGAAGGCCAGGGCUGGUCAUACUACGUCAAGGAGCCCAAGGAGAGACAUUUCAGAAAGAAGGAGUACGCCAUGAACUUCUUCCACUCUGCGGGCCCUUUGAAGCACAUCAGAACGAAGUGA